AUGACAAAUCUUGAUCGAAGUUGGAUUAGUAACCGGUUGCAACGAGAUAAAAUUACUCUUAAUUUAGAAUAUAGGGAAGGUGUAGAGGAAUUUUUGAAUUUUGCAAGCUUGAAAAUGGAGGGAGGUAUGAUGAAAUGUCCUUGCAAGCUUUGUAAAAAUUUGAAUUGGUUAGGGGUAGAUGAUGUUCGGUUUCAUUUGAUAUCCGAGGGUAUGAUGGAGAGUUAUACGGUAUGGACUUCGCACGGAGAGGUUUCGCAAAAAAAUAAAAAGCGAAAAUCAUGUGAAACGCGAGAAUGUCGUAGGGUAGUAGAUGAUCAUGUUGAUAUCAACUCCAUGUUACAUGAUUUUGCCGGUUCGAAUCAUGAAUUUUAUGAUACCACGGGUACUACUAAUGUUGAAGAAGCUCCUAAUGAUAGUGCUAAAGAAUUUUAUAAGGCGAUUGUUGAAAAUGGUGCUCCUAUUUAUCCCGGUUGCACAAAAUUUACAAGAUUAAGUUUUACCGCAAAAUUGUUGGAGUUCAAAAAUGCGUCUAAUUGUAGUGACAAAGCCUUCAACAGUUUGAUUAAGAUCAUUAUGGACGUGUUACCAAAAAAGCACACAUUACCCGAGUCUUAUUAUGAGAUGAAAAAGGUUAUGAAAAGUUUAAGGGUGGAAUAUGAAAAAAUUGAUGUGUGCGAGAAUGAUUGUAUGCUAUUUUAUGGAGAUGACAAAGAUAAAAUUGUGUGUGAUAUAUGUAGUUGUAAUCGAUAUUUGGAUAAAUCAAGGAAAAAUGGUAAGAAAAUUCCGAGAAAGAUUUUAAGACAUUUUCCUUUGAUUCCCCGACUGCAACGCUUAUAUAUGUCGGCACAUACAUCCAACCACAUGAGGUAUUACAAAAAUCGAGAGGUCAAUGAAAAAGAAAUUUCUCACCCUGCGGAUGGAGACGAAUGGAAGAAUUUUGACCUCCGAUAUCCAUCAUUUGCUCAAGAAAUUCGUAAUGUAAGACUUGGUUUUGCGACCGAUGGUUUCAACCCGUUUGGGAAUACGGGUAACAAAACAUAUAGUGUAUGGCCCGUGGUAAUUGUUGUGUAUAAUCUUCCGCCGUCCAUGUGUAUGAAGAGACCGUAUAUGUUUUUGAUGGAUAUUAUACCGGGUCCGGAGAGUAUUGGGAAAAAUAUUAAUAUAUAUCUUAGACCUCUCAUUGAUGAAUUGAAGACAUUAUGGUAUACCGGAGUGCAAACAUAUGACCAAUCUCUAAAACAAAAUUUUACCAUGAGAGCGGCUCUUAUGUGGACAAUCAGUGAUUUUCCUGCCAUGAGUAUGGUAAGUGGUUGGUCGGGGAAAGGAAAGCUUGCAUGUCCAGUGUGUUUGGGAAGUGUGCAGGGGUUUCAGUUAAAACAUUCUGGGAAAUGUUCUUUUCAUGGCACUAACCGAAUUUUUCUUGAACCUAAUGAUCCAUUGCGUAAGAAGAGUAGCUUGUUUGACCAUUCGGAAAAAAGGUUGUGGCGUGGACGCUUAUCCGGGGAGGAAGUUAAAACUUGGAUUGAUAGCAUAGACUUUCCACCACCCGGAAAGACUAACAAAAAGAAAAGAAGUGAUGGAUAUGGGGUUGAGCAUCAUUGGACUCAUGCCCCGAUGUUCUAUGAUCUCCCUUAUUGGUCUUCACAUAGUUUGCGACAUUCCAUUGAUAUCAUGCAUACCGAAAAAAAUGUGUUUGAGAACAUAUUUUUUACCAUUGUUGGGGGCAAGAAGUCAAAAGAUCACCACAAGGCAAGGUCGGAUUGCAAACACUUCGGUGUGUUGCCUCAUUUGUGGAUUGAUGAAAAUGGCAAAAAACCAAAAGCUCCGUACUCUCUUAGUAGAAAACAACUCAAACUUCUAUGUCAGUGGAUUCACGUUGAAACUUCCAGACGGUUAUGUCUCAAAUAUAUCUCGUUGUUGCAAUGCUAA